GGAACUGACUCGCCCAGAUCUAUUUUCAGUGAUUUAAGGUAAAAAAAUAAACGUUGUCCAAAAUCCAAGUCAGAAUUAGACGUUUGCACUUUGCGGUGCGACGUGGAGUUCUGCUGAAAUUGAUUGACAUUGGUAGGCUUAGUCAAGUUUCCCUGUCAUAAACAUAUUACAAAUGUCAGUUUGACUUGGACUACCCCUCUGGCGUUAUCUGGGUAGGCUGGUACUGUCGCGUUCUUGAAAACUAAAGCUGCUUUAUUCUUAAAAUUGCGUCGUAUCUUGUUACUUUUUAUAAAUUGUUUGAUUGGACUGUGUAGCCUACUGUGUUCCUAUUAGACUGUUAGUCAUGGAAAAAAGUCGAAAAAGAAACAUAUCUACCAGUACUGAAUUUUCCUAUUCUGUAAAAGAAACAAUGUUGGAGAGCCAUUCAAAAUCAGCAAGUUCUGUAUCUACAAGAGAAAAAUCUGAGGCAGGCAACAUCUGUCUAUUGCUUUUCCUCUAUAUUCUGCAAGGCAUCCCAUUGGGCCUCUCUGCAAGCAUCCCAAUGAUCCUUCAGAACAGGAACAUUUCCUACAAGGAACAGGCAACAUUUAGUUUAGCCCUGUGGCCCUUCAGUGUGAAGCUAUUAUGGGCUCCUCUCGUAGACUCGUGCUAUUGGCCAUCCAUGGGAAGAAGAAAGUCGUGGAUGGUUCCAGCUCAGUACCUCAUUGGUGUGUUCCUGCUGGUGUUGUCAUACAGCCUGGACACGCUGCUGGGGUCUGAAGAUGACCCUUCAACUCGACCAAACAUCCUCUUCCUAACAUCAAUAUUCUUUGCCUUGAAUUUCCUGGCUGCAACACAAGACAUAGCAGUGGAUGGCUGGGCACUCACCAUGCUAUCCAAAGAAAAAGUUGGCUAUGCCUCAACGUGCAAUUCGGUUGGCCAGACUGCAGGCUUCAGCAUUGGGUUUGUUGUGCUGCUGGUGCUGGAGAGCAAAGACUUCUGCACCAACUACCUGGGGCUGCAGAGCUCCCUUGUCACUCUUGAUGGUUAUUUCUUCUUUUGGGGCCUCGUAUUUUUGGUGACAACUUCUUUUGUUUGGGCCUGCAAGACUGAGGAUGACUCCAAGGAUUCUGACAACCAAUUGGGCUUCCAGGAUACAUACAAGAUGCUUCUCACCAUCCUUAAGAAGCAUGACAUACAGCGCUGCGUGCUGGUGCUGCUCACAUGCAAGAUUGGGUUUGCAGCUACUGACGCUCUGACAGCCUUGAAGCUCACUGAGGCCGGUGUUCCUAAAGACAAACUCGCGCUGCUCUCCGUGCCUCUCACGCCAGUGCAGCUCCUCCUACCGUUCAUCAUUUCUCGGUACACUGCUGGCCGCUACCCUAUGAAUGUAUUCAACCGUGCUUAUCCAUUCAGAGUUGUGAUGGGCCUCGUAUUUGCUGCCGUGAUCUACGUAACACCGCAGUUCGCAGACGCUGAUGGGGUCUACCACGCGCCGUACUACGCCCUCAUUGUCUUCGUGUAUAUGCUCAACUCGGUAGCUCAGAACUGCAUGUUCGUGGCGGUGAUGGCAUUCUUCGCAGUGAUCAGCGACCCGAGUGUGGGCGGCACCUACAUGACACUCCUGAACACCUUCACCAACCUGGGCGGCAACUGGCCCACGUGGGUCGCCCUACGCUACGUCUCGGACCUCACCUGGAGCAGCUGUCUUCCUGACGCCCUCAACGCCACCGUUGCCGCCGGCAGCACUUGUGACUCUACAACACUUAAGGAGGCAUGCCUGGCAGCUGGAGGAAAAUGCGCGACCACGAUCGACGGCUAUUACGUCGAGAGCUUCAUAGGCUUUUUUGUUGGCCUCCUCUGGUUCGUCUUAUGGGGCGCCAAGGAAGUAAACCGUCUACAGAGAUUACCAACCAGCUCCUGGCUCGUCUCCAGUCGAGGCAAAAAAGAUUCUAGGGUAAAAAGAAGCGACUGACUAGGGUAUGAGGUGAUUUGAUGUUAAUAUAAAAGGGUGUCCUAUUCCUUUGAGUGCCUCAUUUGGUACAAGUUAUGGAAAAGUUGUGAGUAAUGUUUCCAAGUAUUGAAAGGGAGGUUAGGGAUUGCCUUCCUGUAUUGUUUUACAGUUAGCGACGGAAAAUACUGUGCCUAAGAAAUAUAUGGUCAGUUAAGAAUUGACUUGGCAUGAAUUCUGUGAUAUUCAGAGUUAAGAUGAUUUUAGCGGGAAUAUUACGCAUGAAAUCAGCCAAAUAUUCAAAUUAUGAUAUUUGGCGUAAGGGACUGGACAUACAUCAACCUGCACAAAAAUUACUUUACCAUUUCGCCGCUAGUAAAUUUUUGGCCAUUUGGUUAUGUAGUUUGGGUGGGGGGAAUCACGUAUAAAUUCACACUCUUAGACUUUAUUAUUGGAAUUUUUAUUGACUAUCCGGUUUUCUUUGAUGGAUAAGUUUUUUCUUGGACACUGCGAUAUUUUGUUGGAUAAAAGAACUUGCCGUUUGUUAAAUACACGCAAUUUUUUUCUAACUUGUUGAGAAAUAAUUAUCAUUUAUACUAUAUAAGGAAGUGCAUGCUAAAAGUUGACAAAUUUUUUGUCUAAAUUUCUUCUAUUGUUGGUAUGAAAUAGCGUGCAACUUGAAAUCAAGUCUCGCAAGUUGCCCAAGAUAUUCAUUCUAUAGGCUCUAAACAUUCGCCAUUUCUAUAGACUCUAAACAUUCACCAAUAACAAUUUACCGUCAUUUACUUAAUAUUUAUUGAAAAACUCUCAUUGAAAAAUGUUUUCUGCUCAGGACUUUUUACACUCCGUUUCUUCUUCGACAUUCUUAACAGCAUUCCAUCAUUUGUUGACCCGCAAAUGAUGAAAUAAUGGUGCCUCACCAUUACCUUAUCUAACAGUAAUUUGAAAACUGUCUAUCUUUCAACAUCUAGAUGACAUUACAUAUUCUCCAUCCCGAAACCAGAUGAAAGUUGCGCGUCCUCUUACUGGGGCCAUACUUUCAAAAUUCCCUUAGUGAACGUAA